CAUUGGGAGGGGAGGCUCGGUAAUGGUUCGUGCGACACACACGCGCUCCAGAGUGUCCGGGUGUUGUUGUUAUUGUUGUUGUUAUUGUUAUUAGACUGACGAAUGACUUAAAACAGCGGUGUUGAACUUUGUGACCAUGGACUGGACCGGGCAGGGAGCGCUUUAUGGGAUAUUGUGCCUUCUGUUUGGAGCGAGCACAGUACAUGUGGGGAGUUGCGCGCGCACUGGGAGCACUGGUGAGGACACUUUCGCCAUCCAGCACGAAGGCACAGGCAAAUGCUUCCUGGCUCAGAAUGACUCUCUGACACUGGGAAACUGUUCGUCAGCGGUGGCGCAGUCGUGGAAGUGGGGCUCAGGACAUCGGCUCUUCCAUGCGGGUUUGUCCGCUUGCCUGGGACUGGACAUUCUCUCUAAAACACUGUCCCUCAUCAACUGUUCGGAAGACGCCAUUUUGAUGUGGCACUGCUAUGAGGGAUUUAUUUUCACCACCUAUCAGAUGAAGUUGAGCGUGAGCGAUGGUGGGAUUGUGACCGCCAAACGGGACUCUUCCGAUUCCUGGAGAAGAGGAGGCACUAUGGAGAACAUCUGUGAACAGCCAUACAAAACUAUUCACACUAUGGGUGGUAACUCUAACGGUGCACCUUGCACCUUUCCCUUCCUCUACAAUAACACGUGGCAUCACAGCUGUCUUCUUUCCGACGCCAUCCAUUCUCCCACCUGGUGCUCCACAACUGAGGACUAUGAUAAGGAUCGAAAGUGGGGGGCCUGUCUAAAAUAUGAGGAGGGAUGCCAUGAAUUAUGGCACGGCCCCUUCGAUGGUCGAUGUUACCAGGUGGUCUCUACGGCGAUGGUUUCUUGGCACGAGGCACGGGAUGCCUGCCGUAGUCAGGGUGGAGACUUACUCAGCGUAUCCAGUCCUGAAGAACUGCAGAACUUUGCAAAAGAUUUACCGGAGCAGCUUUGGAUCGGGCUGAACCAACUGGACUGGUCACAGGGGUGGCAAUGGACUGACGCAUCACCAUUAGUUUAUUUCCCAUGGGAAACAGGCCUGCACAAUUGGAUGUUACCAGAGUGCGGGGUGCUGAUCUCUAACUUGCGAUUUACUGGUACAACAUGUGAGAAGAAGCUGCCGUAUAUCUGUGAGAAAAAAGAGAACAGCAGCAAGACUGACACUGCAGAUAAACAGGUGUACACACAGUGUGAAAGUGGAUGGUUCCCAUUGCAGGGUUAUUGCUAUAAUCUUUACGGGACUCAGAUGGAGGAGAAAAAGACCUACGAUAUGGCGCAGCAAGUGUGUAUGAAGGACAAUGCUCAGCUGGCCAGCAUUCACACUCUGGAGGACAUGCACAUGAUCACCAUGCAUUUUACAAGAAAGACUCUGAACCCAUGGAUAGGCCUUAAGGCUGAGAGCAACACCGAACUUUUUAAGUGGGAAGAUGGAGCGAAGGCCUCAUUUACGUACUGGGCACGUCAUCAACCUUCAGUGCUGAAGCCCAACACCACAAGCUGUGUGGUUCUCUCUGACUUGGUACACACAUGGUCUGUAGAUUCUUGCAGUGCGCAAAAGUCCUUCCUAUGUAAGAAACCUGGCACGGUCAAUGAAACAGCAACAAAAAAUAGCUGCCCACAAGAUGGGAAUUGGAGAAGAUAUAAAAAUUUCUGUUACAAAGUUGACACACAGGAAGUCUCUUAUAAGAACAGCUGUAAACUCAUCAUUAAUGACAGAUUUGAGCAAGCUUUCAUUAACACUCUGCUAAAGGAGCAUGCAAGUAGUAAGCAGCAGUAUUUCUGGACUGGGCUUCAGGACACUAAAGGCACAGGAGAGUACCAGUGGAUCAGCCAGAAUGGACAAGGCAGAAUGAAAGCAAGCAAAAUCACGUAUGACAACUGGAAAUGGGGAGAACCAGCUAAAGCAGGAGGGUGUGUGGUGAUGUCCACAAGGCCAAUGGGUCAAUGGACUGUGGAGAACUGCACCGAAUUUAAAGCCGGUAGUAUCUGCAAGAUUUCCAUUUCUUCUGAACCUACUCCCCCGACUCCACCAACUGACCCUCAUCUCAAUGACACCUGCCCUCCUGGUUGGGUUUCCAGACAGGGAAUGAAGUAUUGUUACAAGGUGUUCAAUGAAGAGAGAGUGAGUCGUAAGCGCACGUGGGAAGAGGCAGAGCAGUUUUGUGAGGCACUGGGAGCUCAUCUGCCAAGUUUCACUGAGCAGGAGGAGAUGAGUUUUCUCCAUGAGAUUAUGAGAGACUCUAUUAGUGACGAUCGCUACUUCUGGGUUGGCUUAAAUCGGAGGAAUCCAAACAAUGACAACCGAUGGGAGUGGAGUGAUGGUCAGCCUGUAUCCAUGAAGAUAUUUCCAGGGGAGUUUCAUGAAGACGAUGAGUAUAACAGAGACUGCACUGCCUUCAAGUCUCUCAGAAAAAGAUACCUACUGCUGUUCAUAUUCCUGACGACGGAUGGUCCCAAUCAGUUUUACCCCAAAGCCUUUCACUGUGACGCUGAACUGGAGUGGGUAUGUCAGAUCCCCCGAGGUCAAACCCCAAAGAAUCCCGAAUGGUAUAAUCCAGACGGCCACCAUGACACCUCGGUAUUCAUGGAUGGGCAGGAGUUCUGGUUUGUAAACAAUACGAGGUUGUCCUAUGAAGAGGCGAGCAUGUACUGCAGCAGCAACAAAAGCAAACUAGCCACACCUCUUUCAUUAAACACGGCGAGGCAUCUGCGUGAACAUCUCUACAAGCAUGCCGGUACUGAGCAUUGGUGGGUGGACCUCCGUGAACCUGGUGCUCUUGUUCCUGUUAGGCUCGCUCGUCUGCAUGUCUAUCACUCCAUGCUCUUGGGCAGAUGUACUUCAUUUAGCCCUGGAUCCUUUUCACCAGAUUUCCGGAUAAAAUGCGAGUCCAAACAGCCAUUUGUGUGCGAAACAAUAAACGUCACAUCCUCAGAGAAAGGAACUCCAGAACCGCAGCCCUCCGGAAAGCCAUGCGAGCAAAGCGAGCAAGCCUUCAGGGACAAGUGUUACACAGUGAUCAAGCCUCAGGUCUUGACUUUUAAAGCAGCUAACGAAGUGUGUCAGACCAUGAGAGGAAGUCUCCUGUCCAUCCGAGACCAAGUCGAACAGGACUUCAUCACCACCCUGCUGGUGGAUAGACCAAAAAAGCUUUGGAUAGGUUUGAAGGACAAUCUAUGGGUGGACAACACACCGAUCAAGUACCAGAACUUUAACCCACUGAUCCACGGCCAGCUGCGUCUUAUGUACAUCAAUCUAAUGGAGCAGGAUGGUUUGGAGCUUUGCGCCUAUAUGUUUAAUGAUCCUCAUUCGGACAUGUUGGGCACUUGGGACUACACUUCCUGUUCUUAUGAGCAGCCCGUUGCUAUCUGCCAGCAUUAUGCAGAUAAGCACAAGAAAUUUGACAUCAUUGAGCAUGAGUUUAAAGCCAACAAUAAGACAUUUAAGGUGCUUUUGAAGAACGAUAUGACCUGGUACGAUGCUCUGGCAUUAUGUAAGACGAAUGGAAUGGACCUGGCGAGUGUGGCUGACACAUACCAGCAAGCUGUGCUCUCAGUGCUUGUCAGCAAAGCUCAGUACCCGUUCUGGAUCGGACUUUUCAGUAACGAUGACAAGUUGUACCAGUGGACAGAUCACAGUCAUACCGUGUUUAGUCGUUGGGGCCAAGACGAGGUUGUAGGAAGGUGUGUUUAUAUGGACACUGAUGGCUUUUGGAAGGCAACAGAAUGUGAAGAGAAGCUUAAUGGGACUAUCUGUGGCAAGCCACAAGAUAACAGCAUACCUUCUAAACAAACUAAGUGUCCACAUGAGAGCAAUGGACCCAAUUGGAUACCAUUCAAAAACAACUGCUACACAUUUCUGCUCCAGGCUUCGAGAUGGCAGGAGCAUGACAAGGGCAGCGAGCGGAAGACGUGCCAGAGUUUCGUUGGAAAGGGUGACAUUCUGACUAUUCGGCAUGAAGAGGAGAAUGAAUUCAUUAGGACACAGCUUCAGCCUUUUAGAGACCUGGCUUCAUUUGUGUGGCUGGGGAUGUACAGAGACAAGAAAGAUGGGAAACUGAAAUGGUACGACGAUACCUACGUUCAGUACUCCAACUGGAAAGGGGGACGACCGACAGCCACAGAGCCCUUCAUGGCUGGUCUCAGUCUGUCUGGAGAAUGGUACCUGUAUGAAAAUGAAAGCUUCUUUAAACCUUUCAAGCAGAGGUCCAUUGUGGUUUGCAAAAUAGAAAACGAUCCCAAAGAGGAGCAUCGGAAGGACCCGGUUGAUGUAAAAACUCCAUCUGGCUAUAGCUUCCGCUUGGUUGCUAAGAAACUAAACUGGUAUCAAGCGCUAAAGGAAUGCAACACUGAUGGCGGCCAUCUUGUUAGCAUUCAUAACGAAACGACCAACACAGAUAUGGCACUGAUUGCUAAACGAGAUGGAUUUCCUCUCUGGAUUGGGCUUUCCAGACUCGAUUUCAACGGCUGGCCUUACGAGUGGUCAGACGGGACGGCGUUGCAGUUUCAACCUGAAGAGUUUCUGAGUACAGACUCUGUUUCAGAGGAUAAAUGCGUGUACGUGGACCCUAAAGGCAGCUGGAGUUCGGUCAGCUGUUCUGCUGAGAUGGAGGGUGCCAUUUGUUACAACCCCAAACCAACACCUCAUAUCGCAGCUCAGUCCAGUGAUAACUGUCCUGAAAGUAACAGAGAGGUUUCAUGGUUGCAGUAUAAAGGAAACUGUUACGCCAUUGUCAUGACCAUGUACAACAACUCGGUCUUCUCCAAUAAGCAUGCGCAAAACGUUUGUAAGGACUUGGAACCCUCCUCUGAGCUCUUAACAAUUAAAAGCAUGGAUGAGAAUGACUUUGUCACACGGCACGUUGCGGAAAAUCCAAUUGCCACAACCCGUGUUUGGCUGGGAUUAACUCAGAACGAUAAAGAUAAAACCUUAGAGUGGAUGGAUGGUAGCAAGCUGGACUUCUCCAACUGGGGCCGCUUUAGGCCCCCCCAUGACUGUGUCGUCCUGGUGUCUCUAAACGGAACGUGGAGCACAGCGGACUGCUCCACGAGCCUCAGCCGCACCGUCUGCAAGACCUCUGCAAAAUCACAAGGUACUCCUGUUGCCUUGGUUUUCUUCAUCAUCGUGCUGCUUUGUGUCAUCGCAGUCGUGAUCUUCGUCGUGUAUAAAAAGACCCGGCACCGGUACUCCUCUACAGUACGCUACCGGAGGAACUACGACGAAGCGGACAGCGCCAGCAUGAUCGCAGAGACUGACUGAACGUUGCACUGCAUGCAGCCCGGAAAACGGCAACGAGGCGAAAUCAAGCCUCAGUGUCUUUCAGUGUUAGGACUGAACACCUUCAAACACCUGUCUCGAACAAACAGAGUUGAUUUAUGAUGUCACUGUUAAUACUGAUCAGCCCGACAGCUGCAGGGUGUGAAAUUAAUAUACUAACGGAAUGUUGUAUGAUUUUGUAGAUAAACGUGGCAGUUUGUUUUUAAUUUAAAUUUCAUUCAUGUUUUUGUAUAUUUUAAUUAGAUGACUGCCAAAUACCAGACAUGUUGCAGUGUUUGCUUGUUUUUGCAAUUAUUUGGUAUCCUUGGAUUGAAUUUUAUGCCUGGCGAGGUGUUUUUUUUUGUUUUUUUUGUUUUUUUGUCCCCCAAUUCUUCUGAGCACUUUGUGAAAAUGCCAAACUAAGUUUUUUUUUUCCAAGCUUUAAUGUCUUUCUUCUUUUGUGUGUUUUGUUUCUCUUCACUUCAAAAAGACAUUAGCCACGUUAAAAGUGUUUUUACAAAUAACUUGCUAUCAAUUACUGUUCUUUAAAAUAUUGUUAUUACUGUUCGUACAAUAUCAGACUACUGUGCGACCUGUUCUGACACAUUCUUACUAUUUUUGUGCUGGGUCUGCUUUAAUUUCUGUGUAACUCAGUGACUCAGUCACUUUGGCAAACUACUCUAUGUAGCGACUCAAUCGAGGUUUUACUUGGUCGAAUCCCUGAUAACAGCUUGCACCCGUUUAGCCCACGGAUGAUUAAGUCCAACUUCACUAUGUGCAACUAAACACUUUAUUGCAUAACUAAACAUAUAUAGUAUAUUGUGCACAUUGUAUCAUACUACACACAAUUCAGUUGAAUGUCACACAUAAUCCAUCUAUUAUUUCAAACUUUAAAAAAGGUUUUACAGCACCUGAAUUCCCUAAAUGUCUCAUUACACUGUGUAAUAAGACAAAUGUACAGGAUGCCUUUAUAUGAUAUGCGGCCUGUCAAAGUUUACCUCCAUUAUUCUUUGCACUCAGACUACUGAUAUGUAAUGCACUUUAAAUGUGUUUUCUUGCUGACUGCAUACGAAUUCAAGCACAUGAGGGUUUUUUUUUAUUUUCCUUUUGUAGAGAUUUUUUAGGAAAAUAUGCAGAAACGGCACUCAAACAGCACAGGGAUGGAUGUUGUAUAUGAUUUGUAAAUAUCUUUUAGGCUUUUCGUAUAUAUAUUAAAUUUUCCUUUAAGACGUAUUAAACCAAA